CUCAAGUUCCACUGGGUCAGUCAGGUUGUCUGUCAUAAACCGAGCGACGGUUUGUCCUUCUCUUUUCCCGGGAAUUAGUGAUUGCUCAGCCCUGUUAGAGAAAAGACAGCAGGAUGUCUCUACGCUGCGGGGGCGCCGUCCGCACCGUGGGCCCCCAGGUAUUUGGAAGUUAUUUACACAGUCCAGUCAGAGCAGUAAGUUCCUUGCCAGAUAAAAAAAAGGAAUUUUUACAGAAUGGACCAGACCUUCAGGAUUUUGUGUCUGGUGAUCUUGCAGACAAGAGCACCUGGGAUGACUAUAAAGGAAACUUAAAACGCCAGAAAGGAGAAAGAUUAAGACUACCUCCAUGGCUAAAGACAGAGAUUCCCAUGGGGAAAAAUUACAAUAAACUGAAAAAUACAUUACGAAACUUAAAUCUCCAUACAGUGUGUGAGGAAGCUCGAUGUCCCAAUAUUGGAGAGUGCUGGGGAGGUGGAGAACAUGCCACCGCCACAGCCACUAUCAUGUUGAUGGGUGACACAUGUACAAGAGGUUGUAGAUUUUGUUCUGUUAAAACUGCAAGAACUCCACCUCCACUAGAUGCCAAUGAGCCCUACAAUACUGCAAAGGCAAUUGCUGAGUGGGGUCUGGAUUAUGUUGUCCUGACUGUGGAUCGAGAUGAUAUGCCUGAUGGGGGAGCAGAGCACUUUGCAAAGACUGUGUCUUACUUAAAGGAAAGGAAUCCAAAAAUUCUCGUGGAGUGUCUCACCCCUGAUUUCCGAGGAGAUCUUAAAGCAAUAGAAAAAGUUGCUCUGUCAGGAUUAGAUGUAUACGCACAUAAUGUAGAAACAGUUCCAGAAUUACAGAGGAAAGUUCGUGAUCCCCGGGCCAGUUUCGACCAGUCCCUACGUGUACUGAAACACGCCAAGGAGGUUCGGCCUGAUGUAAUUUCUAAAACGUCUAUAAUGUUGGGUUUAGGUGAGAAGGAUGAGCAAGUAUAUGCAACAAUGGAAGCGCUUCGUGAGGCAGAUGUGGACUGUCUGACUUUAGGACAAUAUAUGCAGCCGACAAAGCGCCACCUUAAGGUUGAAGAAUACAUUACUCCUGAAAAAUUCAAGUACUGGGAAAAGGUAGGAAAUGAACUUGGAUUUCAUUAUACUGCAAGUGGUCCUCUUGUGCGUUCUUCAUAUAAAGCAGGUGAAUUUUUCCUGAAAAAUCUAGUGGCUAAAAGAAAAACAAAAGCCCUGUAACACUUAACAAGAUGUUCAAGAUCACAGAAAUUUUUAAAAUGUGAUUCCAGUUGGUAACAGAGAUGAUG